CUGGCAUGCCACUGUCAAAUUUAUUUAUUUUUCUUUUUUUCCCACUUCUAACCUACGUCGACUUGCAAUGUUUUUCCGUCAUUUAUUCUCAUCGCGAUUGGACGCUCGCCCACAAAUCGAGUUAUUUUCGUCUUCAACCUCGUAAAUUUGCGGCCAACAGCGUAUUUCGUACCGAUUAAUUCAGCUUUUUUUGAUAAAGCUUCAUUAUGGCCUUCUUAACCUCACUCGAGUACCAUAUCGACAUCAGCCCUCGUAGAUUUUUAUCUAUAAAGAUUCCUUUAUUUUUAUUAUUGCUCUUUGUUCUAUCCAUUUUUGUUAUUAUUAUUCCUAUAUUUGUGUACUAUACAAAUAUAUCUUUAGGAAGUGAAAUAGUACAGCAUGUGCUCUUUUACUUUCCAACCUGUACUAACCUUUUUUUACUUUGCAACUUUAGAAAAAUUUAAUUAACAGCUAUGAAAAACUUUUCCCAUCGAUAUAUUUAUUUUUAAAAAUAUGUCCACGUUCUAUUGAUUUUAUAUAUAUAGUUUCUUGUAACGUCAAUAUUCUAUAAAAUCAUAUGUCUUUGAACUUUAAGAACAACAUUAUACAUAGUCAUAGUAUUUCUGAUAAUUUUGUAUAUCUUUCUUACCAAAGUGUGUUUGUUCAUUCAAGUAAUCACUGGAUUUAUAUGUAGUUGUUUAAAUAUCAUUGGAUAUCGUAAAUGUAUGAGUAAAAUGAAUGUCUAUAAAGAUGCUUUGUUUGUGGUACAGAAAAUGGCUAUAGAGUAUAUAAUUGUGACCCAUUAAAGGGGAAGGAAAAAGAACGCCAUGAUUUUAAUGACGGAGGUCUUGGUUACGUCGAAAUGUUAUUUAGAUGUAAUUAUUUGGCACUUGUAGGUGGUGGACCAAAGCCAAUGUAUCCUGUUAAUAAAGUAAUCAUAUGGGAUGAUUUGAAAAAAGCACCAGCUAUUACAUUAGAAUUUAAUGCACCUGUAAAAGGUGUAAAAUUAAGAAGAGAUAGGAUAGUAGUGAUAUUAGAAGGUGUUAUAAAGGUUUAUACAUUUACGCAAAAUCCACAACAAUUACAUGUUUUUGAAACUAAUCCCAAUCCAAGAGGGUUGUGCGUUUUGUGUCCAAACAGUAACAAUUCCUUGCUUGCUUUCCCAGGGCGAAAAAAUGGUCAUGUUCAAGUUAUAGAUCUAGCUAACACAGAAAAACAACCUUUAAAUAUUGAAGCACACGAAACACCCUUGUCUUGUAUAGCUUUAAAUCUACAAGGUACUCGACUUGCUACAGCUUCUGAAAAAGGUACCCUGAUAAGGGUAUUCGAUACGCAAAAUGGUAAUAUGAUCAAUGAAUUACGAAGAGGAGCAAAUCAUGCCAAUAUCUAUUGCAUAAAUUUUAAUCACGAUUCGACGUGGCUAUGCGUUGCGAGCGAUCAUGGCACGGUACAUGUUUUUGCGGUAGAGGAUCAAAAAUUAAAUCGUCAAUCUAGUUUAGCGUCAGCUACCUUUUUACCAAAGUAUUUUAGUUCGAGCUGGAGUUUUUGCAAAUUUCAAGUUCCAGGAGGUCCUCAAUGCAUGUGUGCGUUUGGAACUGGCAAUAAUAGUAUUAUAGUGAUAUGUGCCGAUGGGAGUUACUACAAAUUUGUAUUUAAUAACAAAGGAGAGUGUUCGCGAGACUUUUACGCGCAGUUCCUUGAAUUAACGGAUGACAAAAUGUGACUGAAAAGUGUAAGACGUAUGAAUGUUUCAUUGCGAAAAGCUAAUGCGACUUUUUUGUCAUCGUACGUCUCGUCGUUGCUUUCGUUUUACGUGUCAAUUGCAGAGGAUAGAGAUUUGCAGUACAUUUUCGCAUCGUCGUGACUACUGUCGUGCUUGCUCAAAAAAAAGAAAGAAAAAAAAAACGCAGAAAAAAAUGAGCAUUUUAUGCAGGGAAGCGAAAAUGAGUCUUAAUCUUUUAAAGUUAGAUCAUUCGACGGAGAGGACCAAAAUGAAGAGUUAUAUGAAUUGUUGGUGAUACGUGCACUGUGCAUGAAUUUUUUCAUAAUAAUAAUAAUAAGAUCUAAGGGACAUUAUCGGUGAUAUCGUUGAUUGUUACGUGGGGCCUAGUGGAGAGGGAGGAAAAUGCGCUUUCUUACUAAAUUCUUAAUUGUCACGAAGAAAAAAAGCGACAUAAGGGUGAUUGAUCUAAGAGAUCGACUUAUCAAAGUGAUAUACUGCUUUUCAUAAGAAAAUUUAAACGUCUUUAAGAAAUGUUAAAGAUAAGAAUGAAUCAUCAUCACUUACUGAUGUCUUGUUAAUUUAUGUGCUUUUCAAACACGAAUCAUUGUGUAUAUCCUUUCAUAUGUUCUUUUUAUUUUCUUUUUUUUUUUUUCUUUUUCUGUAGAUACUUUAGAAAUCAUUUCUUUUUUUUAAUCGAAUUAUGUAAAAUUAUUACAUAAAUUAUAUUAUAUUUUUUAUUGAUGAUCGAUUAUUGAAAAACGCUAUCACAUAUAGAACGAAUUCUAUCGAAUGACAAACUAAAAUAUAGAGCGUUUAACUUAAUAGGGUUUUAUAAUUUUUAUUUUUAUUAUUAUUUCCGUACACAUUUAACAUACAUAUACACAAGAAGUAACUAUACUCGAUUGUUAAUAUUGAAUCCCAUCACAAGAAAAUAUAGAGCAAAGAUUGUAAUUUCACGAAGAUAGAUUUUGAUUGCGAAAUAAAAUUCAUUAUGCCUCGAAACAAUAUCGAGUUGCUGUCUUUCGUCAUUUCAAACGUCGAUCUUUUCAUACGCGAUCCCGAAAGAUGAAACGAUAUUAUAUUACUUAUAAAUCGAUCAGAAAAGCCGAUCGAUUUAUAAUCAUGAUUUUUAUUUCGUGUAGCUCUUCAUUUUCUUUUCUUUUUUGGUGAAUCACUUUGAUUGAAGACGAACACAUGUACGUAUGUAUGUUUGAGUUGUUUUUAUUUUUCCUUUCGUAUAUAUAUAUAUAUAUAUAUAUAUAUAUAUAUAUAUAUAUAUAUAUAUAUAUAUAUAUAUAUACACACAUAUAUAGAGAUAUAUAUACGAUUCAAGCGACAAAAUUAACUUCAGCGUACGCAUAUAUAUGGGUAUAUAUUUGUUUUUUUUUUUUUUAACAUAUUCAUCCCUCUAAUGUACAAUUUUUUUAAUCGAUAGAGAAAUAGAAUAAAUUCAAGAACUGUACAAAGCAUAAUUCGAACACACGAAUACAGAACGAUGCUAAAUUUU